AUUGCCAGUCCACCCCAAUCUAGCCGCAAACAUUAACCGCUGUCCUCCAGUCCACUCCACACGACGCGCAAGACCUUCCUUGGCUAAACUCGUCAUCCCAACGAGCCUUGAUUGAGCUGGGCGCACAAUCCCGUAGUCCUUGCGCUUUCACUUGUCAGCCGCUCCCGUACAUAAAUGUACGCGUAACUCUACUAGAAUGCGCGGUCCUCAGACUUCUCGGCGAAAACCAGCGAGUGAGAGAUUUUAAGAUCCAAGAUCUCUGUAGACCCGCGAAGCAGCAGCCUGCUCGAGAGAUCGGGCCGAUGCCGUUCACGAUAUUCGCGCGCCAGAAGCCGCGGAGCAGAAAACCGCAACCCGCCGCAUUGCCGCCAGAAGUCUCUCCCGUUCCCGCUCGCUCCCAGCCCGUUACUUGCUCGCGCCCAACUGUCCCCUCAACGAACCAGUCGUCUAAAGUCCCGCUCGUGCUUCGUGAUCUCGCCACCUCCGCUUCGUCCGCUUCGACCGCUUCGUCUUCCUCUUUCCCUUCCGCCUCGUCCUCCCUCUCCUCCCCCUCCCUCGUGUCGUCCUCCUCUCGCGCCACCUCGAUUUCGUCCUCGCCCUCGUUGACAUCGAGGUCGCCAUUGUCUCUCACCUCGCCUCCCCUCACCGCGUCGCACUCGGCUUCUCAUGCCACACCGCACGCGGCGUCUCUCCCAGAAUCCACGUCACCCUCCACGUCACCAUCCAAGUCAUCUUCAGCGUCGCAGACAGCGCAGCUCCCUGAGCUCGAGUCCCGCUCCUCGGCUUCGUCAACGACGCCGUUAAUCUCUCUCUCCGAGGCGCGCAUUUCGCCGCGCGAAGACCCUGUCGGGAUGUGCGCGGGGGAACGCGCUGAGCGCAGCAGCUCCGCUAGCAGAGCGCUUGACGGAGAACUUGACGGAGAACGUGACGGAGUCUUUGCCAGCAACAGUUGCGGCAGAGGUGAUGCGUCGACGGCGACUGAUUCCGUGUGCGACAAUGUGCGCUCGACCGACGGAAACCAACCGGCGGAAGACGAAAACCUCCAAGAGACGGUGUCACGAAGGAUAAGCAUCAGCAAAAUCGGCCGCCGCCACAGCAGCGGCAGUAGCGCGCCGGGAAGCAGCGGUUUGAGAAGCAACGGCUUCGUUAGAAGCAGCAGCGUUUCGAGCACCGCGUCGAGCGAGAGCAGCAGUGACAAUGGCGACAGCAGCAGUAGCAGCACCAGCGGCAGCAGUGACCGCGGCAGCGGCGGCAAGAGUCUCUUCCGCCUACCAGCAUCUCGGUGGCCCGCCGUGAGCCCCGCGUCUCUCUUCCUCCGCCUCGCGCAAACCCGCUUCAUCUCCGCAGGCCUGCGCCCCCUUCGCAUCGAUCUCGACGCGUCCACCUACAUCCGCUGCUGGCUCCCAGCGCCCGCCGCCGCCGCCGCCGCUACCGCCGCCGCCGCCUCGCGCAGGCACGCGCAGCAGCAGGCGCGGUGGGAGCGCAACCCGCCGCUGCUGCUUCUGCACGGGUUCGGGGGGCCGGGUCACCUGCCCGUGACUAGUAGCGGGGAUGGUGCGCACCCCCAUGAUGGUUCGGAGGAGGGGAGAUGUGGUUCGGAUGCCGAGGCUGGGUCUGGUGGAGGUUCGGUGGGGGAUGCUGCUACAGUGCACUGGCACCAGCUGGUUGGGAGCUUAGCUCGGGAUUUCGAGCUGUAUGUGCCGAACCUGGUGUGGUUCGGGGAGUCUGGUGUGGAGGGCUGUGGGGAGUGGGGAGGCACGGGGGGGGAGGGAGUGGGUGGGCGGGAGGAGGGGAUGGUGGAGGAAGGGGAUCAAGGAGAGGAGGUAAAGGGGGAGACUGAGGAGGAGGAGAGGGAAGGAAAGGAGGAGAACGAGGAGGAGGAGGUGGAAAGGGAGAGCAGGAGGGAUGCGAGCUCGAAGUACUCGAUACAGUUCCAAGCUGACUGCAUGAUGCGACUCACAAGAAUACUCGGGCUGACAAGGUUCGAUGUAUUGGGGUUUGGUUAUGGGGCCAGCAUCGCAUACCGCAUGGCGGCACAGCACCCAGGGAUCAUCCGCAGAGUGAUUCUGACGUCACCCAUGACAAUGAUGACUCAGCAAGACCUGGAAGCAACACUGCAGCCUCAUUGCACCAACUCGAAGCAUCCCAGAAGAAGCAGCAGCAGCAUUGAUGGCCACAGCAGCAUCAACAGCAGCAGCAUCAGCAGGAGGAGGAAGAGCUGUGAUGGUGUGAUGAAACACACCGUACGCAGUGAUGGUGCUGCUAGCACCGCUGCCGCUGCUGCUGCCUCUGCCGCUGUCACCACUGCUGCUGCUUCCGCUGCUGCUGCUGUUCAAUCAGCACCCUCGUCCCCCCGGCUACCGUCAACAGUGGCUGAGCUGCGCAGGGCGCAGCAUGCAGCAUUUGAAGGGGCCUUCUGGGCGCCGGCGUUUGUGUACAGGGACCUGCUCAAGGUGCUGUUCUCCGGCAACCGCAGCCAGCAGCAGCGGUGCCUGGAUGAGUUUAUCAGUGACCGGCCGCAGGAUCGGACACUGAAUCCUGUGCUUAAGCAGGAGGUUCUCAUUGUCUGUGGAAGAAAGGAUCCAAUCGCCCCGCUGCCAUUUGGAAAGAUGCUCUUGCAGCACCUGGGCGGCAGCUCACGGCUGGUGCUGGUGAACGACGCACGGCACAUGCCACACUCGCAGUGCCCCAAGGAAUUCUCCUCCCUCGUCCGCUACUUCCUGCAUGCCCCCCAUGGCUGCGAGCAUGUGGGGGCCGUCGCCGUGUGUGCUACAGCACGCCAUGGCAAGCUAGCGCUGCUGCUACCUAAACCGAGGAACUUUGUGUCCGCUCCCCCAUCGCCUGGUUCUUUGGCCUGGGGAGGCAGGAAGUGGUAGUCAUGGUGAUGACUCUCUGACACAGGAACCAAAACAGGGGCCAAACGGGUGGAGCUUGUACCAGCAUCAGAGCAAGUGUUCCUGGUUUUGAGCAACUAACAAU